AUGGGUUCCAAAAACUAUUCGGAGGACGAAAUCCAGCCUCUUAUCUGCAACAGCAAUCGAGAUGACUUGCAACAGAAUAACAAACAACCAUCACCAAUCAGCCACCCCAAUUUACCAAACCACUUACGUCAUGCCCAAUAUUCAACCUCAGCACUACCUUCGGCUCUUGUAUCACAUAAUAAACAGCAUAAAGAAAGGCUGAGAUCACCUCAAUUUGCCGCUGCGUCUCGUUCAAGGUCAGGCAAUGCCCUCAACAAUUUAGCCCAUUCAUCAGACUAUUACACUGAAUUUGAAGAGUUUGGUUCGCCAAGAAGGCGCUCCUCAUUUUCUGCCAAUGAGUACAUGAAAUUGGUUCCAGAAAAACCACUUUUCCAUAGAUUGCUAUCUAGUCACCAUUCAGUAACCAACCCCAACUCUGCUGCUGAUGGGUCCAAUGCUGUCAACUUGUCUUCUUCACAACCUUCGCAACCUUUAUUUUACCAGUUGCACGACGAAAGCACUAUUUCAUUACACGAAGGUAGUGUAUUUAAUGAGCCAAGAGGACGAAACCUUGUUGAAAUUGUUAGCAGCUUACGACCACUGCGAUUGAUUGGGAAUGCAAAACCAUUAUGUAACUGGUAUGCGCAUUACCGUGAUGACGUACAAAAGAUCAAGAACAAAAGAGCUAGAGUCUAUUAUGAAGAACAAAAUUAUUUGAUUAGCAAGUUUCAAGAGAUUGAUAAUUUCCUCGAUGCGGGAAAGAUUCAUUAUAACAUGUUGAGUAAUUAUGGUAGUAGUGGUGAUUCAUGUCGUGGUGUCUUGUUGGAUAAUAUUGAAGAAACUGAUGAGCCCAAUAGUCCUCGGAGUAAAGAUAACAACGGCCACAUCAACAACCACAAUGACAAGAACACUUCCCCCACUGAUAAAGAAGUAUCGGCCAACGGCAAAAAGAAGAGUUAUGACUCGUUGAAUCCCGAUAUGGAGCGAGGCGAGGGCUCAUUGUCUAAAUACUCGAGGUUUUAUGAUGUUCCAGGCAACGUUGCCAAUGAUGGAUCUAAAUUCUUGGGCUAUAAUGAAGAAGAAAAUAGUUCGCAAGUAUUGACUGCCAUCUUAGUCAAUUUCCUAAUCAAUAUUUUGUUGCUAGUGGGGAAAAUUGCUGUGACCUUACUUACAAAUUCAAUUUCGGUUGUUGCAUCAUUGGUCGAUUCGAUUUUGGACUUCUUAUCCACAUUCAUCAUUUAUAUUGUCAAUCGCUUAGCUGCACAAAACAACUGGAAAGUCCAGCACUCAUACCCCGUUGGUCGGUCACGAUUGGAACCCUUGGGAGUACUCAUUUUCUCAAUCAUAAUCAUAAUUUCAUUUUUCCAAGUUGGUCAAGAAUCUUUCAAGAGGCUAUUUUUCAGCGCACCUGAACUGCGAGUUCCCGCCACUAUUGGAUUCGAUGCUGUGCUCAUUAUGGUUAUCACCAUUGUAGCUAAAUUGGGCUGUUGGAUUUGGUGUUCCAAGAGUCAAUCCUCAUCAGUCCAAGCAUUGGCUCAAGACGCAAUGACGGAUAUUGUGUUCAACUCGGUCUCGUUGUUGAUGCCGUGGUUGGGACACAUUUUCAACAUUUGGUGGUUUGAUCCAUUGGGUGCAUUACUAUUAUCUAUUUACAUUAUAUUCAACUGGGGCAAAACUGCUUUUGAACAUAUUAACAACCUCACUGGCGCAGUAGCCGACCCAUUGGAGUACAAGGUUAUCUUGUAUCUUUGUUGCCGCUUUGCUGAACCCAUCAAACGUAUUACCGCAUUGAAGAUUUAUCACGUUGGUGAUAACUUGAAUGUUGAAGUUGAUUUGGUAUUCGCCAAUGAUAAGUUUGACUUGAGCUUUAAGGACUGUCACGAUAUUGCUGAAGCGUUGCAGUAUAGUAUUGAAAGUUUACCCAACGUGGAAAGAGCAUUUGUGCACAUAGAUUACAUGGAAGGUAACUACAAAGGGCAUCUCAAGUAA